UAAAAUCCCAGUUCGCGUUUUCGAAAUGUAAAUGUUCAAAGUCCCCCUAAUCUUAUUAAUAUACAAUGACAGCAACGUUACACCAUACAUCGCGUUUGCGAUUAACACGGCAAUGUUUAGCCGGUGCAUAUGUAAACAACACCAAGGUCGAACUUAUUUUCGGCUUUUUUAAAGAUGAAAUGGUAUUUCUAUGACCCUAGAAGACAUUGUAAGUAUAACGUGACAAAUAAAGUUCGUUCAUAUAACACAUAUCUCUGCAAAAUGUUAUUUACAUUUCAAAACUUUCAUUUGCACGCACACAGCUAGCAGACGACGCAUUGGCAAGUUUGCUGUUUAUUGAUAAUUGGAGAAAUCUUGAUGCCCCAUGAAAAGUAAAAUGUUCCAAGCUUGGAAAUGGCUUUCCUGCCUACCAUGAUAAACAGAUGAUAUACAUGUAUGAAUCAGCUAACUGAUGACAUGAAUGUGGCAGUGUGUGUGUGUUUGCAAGUGGGGCUAACAUGACAAACCAGUGUAUAUCGAUGUAUUCUCUGCAGACGACAGACAACAACCAAUAUGAACAAUAUAUGAUUUUACAGUAACAGAAAAUGAGUGAGAGCGCCUUCAUAAGUGUGUGUGUGUUAUGUGGAGUAACAGAUGACAAACCAGUUGCAGUUCUUGGAGAGAAUGGAUGUCAAGGUCUUAUACAAACAAGCAAGUUGAAAGGUGAAGACCUACAUGUAGCACCAGCCCAAGAACAAGAAAAUCCUCUGAAGAAAAAUUUGUUUGAAAAAUGUUUGUUUUGUGGAACAAACGCUAAAUUUUCUUUUCUAACAAGAAAAGAGAUUUUAAUGUUCAGCCUGUUAGGGUCAGGGUAUCAGAUACUAAAACAGUUUCAGGUUGAAGAACAUGAAAUGGAAGUAAAAAGAAGGCGUCCAUCUAGUAUAAGUGCUGACAGAGCUUUCCAGAUGGUUUUGCAACACUUUGAAAGUAAUGAUACUGAACAGCUGACAAUAAAUGACUUGGUUGUACAAAUGGAACUGUUAUGUGGCGAAGAUGCAUACAGGAGUGUUUAUAUGAAGAAAAAGAUUCUUGAUUAUUUUGGCGGAAGUGUGAUAAUCACUGAGCUAAAUGGCAAAGCCAAUGUUGUUACUUAUAAAAGUGAAGCACAUUCUAUACUGCAUAACUUUUACAAGAGAAGAGAACAUGGUGACAGUGAGUCCGAAAAAAAUGCUAUCAUAAAAACUGCAGCAAAACUCAUUAUGAACGACAUUAGAUCUAUGGAGUUUGACAAAACUGAGUAUCCUUCAUCAGCGCACAUAAUGUCAAUUGACGGCAAUAGGAAAUUUGUACCAGACAGUCUACAGGUCUUCUUGAAGCAGUUGAUUAAUAACAAGAACUCCGAAAGGCUCAUAACAUCUUUAGGACAAGCUAUUAGUCAGGCUGCUUUGCCAAGAAGUGCUAUUUGUCCUCUUCAGCUAGGUUUGGGAGUUCAGUUGCACCAUCAGUAUGGUUCAAGGUUUUUGAUUGAAACUCUUAAUAGUCUAGGGGUUUGUUCAUCAUAUCAAGAGAUUCAGAGAUUUGAAACUAGUGCUGCGAUCCCCAAGAGCAUAUCAUACACAGACAGGACGAUCAGUUUGUACAGUUCAUUGGUGACAAUGUUGAUCACAAUACUGGAACACUACAUGGUCAUAAUACGUUUCAUGGCAUGGGCAUUGUCGCAACUGUAACCCCUAGAGAUGAUAAAGUGUGUGUAGUUCCAAGAAUACGUGCAACAAGCGAUGACCUCAUCAAAAUAGGCAAAAUAAACAUCCAUUUCUACAGAAUAGCUACGCUAUGGAAAUUAUGGUCUUCAAGACACUGACUGAAAUAUGUCCUGAUACAGAUAGAAGUGAUACAGAAUUAGAAUUCUUGUUGAAGAUAGCAAGGCCAUUGAGACCAAGGACACCGGGGUGGUCAGGCGUAAUGCAGAGUGUACAAACUGGUGUUUUUCCUGGACAAUCUAAAUUGUUAUUCCUGCCAAUGAUUGACAUAAAUCCUAGUGAUCUCUCUUGUAUAUAUUCUACACUUAAGUUUGUUGCUAACCAGACAAGAUCAAUGCGUGUAACACCAGUAGUUACAUUUGAUCAGCCACUGUACUGGAAAGCCUUGAACAUUGUUACAAAUGAAACGCAUGAUGAUGACAUAAAGAAAACUGUGGUUAGACUUGGCGCCUUUCACGCAGAGAUGAGUUUCUUAGGUUCAAUAGGAAGACUAAUGGAAAACUCUGGACUACUAGCCGCUGUUUAUGCACCAAAUACUGUAGGACAAAUGCUGUGGGAAAGCAGUUGGAAGGGCCAUACGCGGACAUUUUGUAGUUUGUGAUGCUCUUGAUCACCUCUUGAUUUUAACGACACUUCCUCAGUUACAGAAGGAUCAAAUGGACGAAGAAAAUGAAGACGGUAAUACAGAUGAAAACAACAACAUCGGAAAAGAAAUCUAUUUAGACCAAGAUAGUCAUGAUGAAUUACCUAGAAAAUCACCGAGAGACAACGUGAAAGCUAUGCUGGAUGAUCUCUUAUCAAAGAAAAUCUCAGUGCAGGACAUCUGUGAAAAUGAGCUUCUUGGAGACUUCAAACAGACAUAUGAAGUUUCUAUACAAAACCUCCAAAAGUAUAGGACAGCAAAGUUAUGGCUCCAGUAUAUGAAAAUGAUCAAUAUCUUAAAGGAUUUCAUAGCUGCUGAACGAAUGGGGAAAUGGCAGGAUCACCUCCAGUCACUGAAGAGAAUGUUGCCGUAUUUUGCAGCUGCCGGACACAAUCUCUACCUUAAGUCCAGUCACGUAUACCUUCAACAGAUGAUGACCCUCAGCACCACACACCCUGACGUUUAUAAAGCUUUCUGUGAAGGACAUCAUGUAAUUAGACGCAGUGAUAGGUUUUGGGCAGGCCUUUCCAGUGCUCUAGUUAUUGAACAGGUACUCAUGCGCAGUGUAAAGUCCGUUUGAGGUAUGACUAGGGGUCGAGGAAUGUCGGAAUCACAAAGAGCCCAAUGGCUGCUGUCUAUGCCUGCGUGCGCUGAGGUAAAUAUUGCUAUGCAGGAUUUCACUGGUCAGAAAUACGAACCAAGCGAUCAGCACAAAGAGUCAACAAAAGCUAGAAUUGAUAGGGACAUAAAAGAUCGUUCGAUAUUCCUUGAUUUUCUGCAAGAAAGAAAUCCGUUUGUGGAGCAAGAUACAUUAAGAAACAUCGAGACUGGCAGCAUCGCGGAUGUGAAGGUGAAUGUUGAUUCCGCACAAACUGUUGGAGAAAAAGUACUUAGAGAAAUGGAAACCAAGAACGUCUUGGAAUUUUCUUUUAAGAGAUCUAACCAGGCAGUGACGCUUGGUUCCAAAACGAAUUUGAAAGUAGAUGGAGUAGAAAUAUCAGUUGACCCGCAGCUAUUAUUUCAAAGGCUGGUCACAGUUUCGGACAAUACAUUGGAUGAUACGGAAGAUAUUUUCCGGUAUGAAUUGUGUGCAUACCCAUCAGCUCUUUUUGAUGCAUCUGGACUGCUGAGGGAAGCACAAAAAUCACAACUUGCUCAUGCCAUAUGGGAUAAGGGUAAAUAUGGCACAGACAACAUUCCAAGUGGAAUUUCUACAGUCUUAGAUGGAGGCUCACUUCUACAAAGAUUGCCUUGGGAAAAUGGUGCUUCAUAUAAGUCCAUAUGUGAACGAUACACAAUGUUUGUGCGGGAAAAUUACCGGGGUGCCCAUGUUUUUUUUCUGAAGGAAUUUGUUUGAGGUUGGCUGGGUAUUAAAGCUAAAAUGACUGGCCUAUUAAAUAAUUGCAGGAGUUCUGAAGCAAAGUUAUAUUAUGCGUUUUCACAUUUAACUAAAUGUUUUACAAAUCCAUCUUUUUCAAAAUAAAAUCCUUCCUUUAUUUAAAUUAAUAAAUAGAAUAUCAUAUAACACGUUUCAAAUGUUCAAACUACCAUAAUUCGAGGGGUGGAUGCGAAACGGUUCUAAGUGACAAUAAAUAAAAUUGAAGAUAGAACAUUUUCGCUUUCACCCCUCAAUAUAACAAAG